CAGCUUUUCAGUCGCGGCGGAUGAAAGCUAAAGAUGAUUUUCUAUUCGUUCUUCACUCUUUGGGCAGCUGAGGGUAAUGGGCGAUGGGCGACGUCUGAUCACUAGCACACGACGCCAUGAAUUCCGCCACUGGCGGCGCUGCCGAUCCGCGCCAGGGAGACAAUAGUAUCGUGAAGCAGCAGCAACGGGCGCCCUCACCGGCCAGAUUUAAAGACGCGACAUCGAAAACGCCCUCGAAAAGCGCCUCAGCUAAACCUGCUUCAGCAAAACAAGGUGGUAAAAACAGUCGAAGCAGUUCUCCAGUGGCCGCCAGCGCGGGGAAAGACAAACAGACGGCGAAAGGCUCGGGCGCUGUCCACCCAAGCGGUGCUGAAAGUCCCACCACCAGGCGCGCGGAGAAGGCCAAGAAGAUAGAGGAGCGCCAUAGCUCUACGGAAGACGCAGACGAUCCUCCUUUAAAGGGCGAUCGUGUGGUGUCCGAUCAGCCGAGCUCUUCGAAAUCCUCCCAGAGCAAAGCGAAGAAUCAGAGAACAAAAGACGGGGCCGCGAGCUGCGCUAAACAAACGGCUAACAACACCGUGGGAUGCGGGCCUGGCUUCUGGAGGGAAGGGUGCUUACAGUCUGAGUUAAUACAGUUCCACAUGAAUAAGAGUUUGAAGAAAGAAGGGGCCAUGCACGCAAAGGCGGCCAGUUCGCCCGGAAACGGUAUGGAGCUCUCACCCGAGGCGCCCCUCAGGCCUAUCGAGUCUCAUGUCGAGCGAGAUUUACGAGAGGAAAUCGAGAGACUGAAUGAUGAAAACGAUAAUCUUAAGCAUGAAAUCGAAGAAAUGCGGGCGGAGAUGGAGGAGAUGAGAGACACGUUUUACGAGGAAGACGCGUGCCAGCUGCAGGACAUGCGGCGCGAGCUCGUUAGAGCCAAUAAGAACUGCAGAAUCCUCCAGUACCGCGUGCGGAAGGCGGAACGGAAGCGACUGCGGUACGCAGAGACUGGGGAGAUCGACGGGGAGUUAGUGCGGAGUCUGGAACAAGAUUUAAAGGUGGCAAAAGAUGUGUCUGUGAGAUUGCAUAAUGAACUGGAAAAUGUGGAAGAGAAAAGAGCAAAAACAGAGGAGGAGAAUGAAAGACUGAGGCAGCAGUUGAUUGAAGUGGAGGUGACUAAGCAAGCUUUACAGAACGAGCUGGAGAAAUCGGCAUCUCUGAAACGAAGAGGUAAGGAUGCACAGAAAUCAGAAAAGAGGACUCCACAGACCCCAACAGAGGAGGAAAAUGAUGACCUAAAAUGCCAGUUGGCCCUCAUUAAAGAAGAAGCUGUGCUGAUGAGGAAGAAGAUGGCAAAGAUUGACAAAGAGAAGGACCGGCUGGAGCAGGAACUACAAAAGUACCGUUCCUUCUAUGGUGAUGUCGACAGUCCCCUCCCUAAGGGUGAGGCUGGUGGUCCCCCUACCACGCGUGAGUCUGAGCUGAAGCUGCGUCUCCGCCUGGUAGAGGAGGAGGCCAACAUCUUGGGUCGCAAGAUUGUGGAGUUGGAGGUGGAGAACCGUGGUCUGAAGGCAGAGCUUGAUGACCUGCGAGGAGAGGAACUGGCAGGAGGCACAGCAGACCCCUCAACACGGGAACAAAGCAAGGUGUUUUCUGAGAUGCGGCAGCAACUGCAGCUGGUGGAGGAUGAGGCUGAGCUGCUGCGCCGCAACCUGGCCGACAUGGAAGAACAGAACAAAAGGGUAACAGCAGAGCUUAACAAGCUGAAGUAUAAGGCUGGCUCACAUGAGGGUUCCCGUCAUGGUAGUGCAGGGGGGGAUGGGUCCAAGGCUGAGGCUCUGCAGGAAGAGCUAAAAGCUGCUAGGCUACAGAUCAAUGAGCUGAGCGGGAAAGUAAUGCAGCUGCAGUACGAAAAUCGCAUACUGCUGUCCAACAUGCAGCGCUACGACCUGGCCUCACACCUAGGCAUCCGGCCCAGCCCUCGAGACAGCGAUGCCGAAAGUGAUGGAGGCCGCAGAGAAAGUGAUGAUGACUCUUCACGACUCCCACCACAUCGCAAGCGCGAGGGCCCCAUCGGCGGUGAGAGCGACCCUGAAGAAGUACGCAAUAUCCGAUGCCUUACUCCCACUCGCUCUCUAUACUCUCCCGAGAGCCGUUUUUUAUCCCGAAGUCUCAAGGACCGGCAGCAGAUGAUUGAUAUUCGAAUGGAGGCCGAACGUCUGAGCCGGACCAUUGACAGACUGAUCGCUGAUACAAGCACCAUAAUUGCCGAAGCACGAGUCUAUGUGACGAAUGGUGAGCUGUUCGGCCGCUUGGAUGAGGAUGAUGACGGAAGCCGAAUACGUGAGCAUGAGCUUCUGUACCGCAUUAAUGCGCAGAUGAAAUCCUUCAGGAAGGAUCUCCAGAGUUUUAUUGACCGUUUAGAUGUUCCCAAACCAGAAGAUCGUGAAACAGAAGAGCCUCUAUCUAUGUUUCAGCCUAUCAUUUUGCUUAUCCUCAUUCUUGUUUUAUUCUCAUCUCUGUCAUAUGCCACUAUAUUCAAAUUGGUCUUUCUUUUCACCCUUUUCUUUGUUCUAUAA